AUGCGGCUGUGUUGCUUAUUAAGAAAGAACGGGGUUGAUCCGCGGUCGAGACUGGAAAAUGGAGCUACAAAUAAUCAAUCAGUAGAGGAUAUAGAAAAAUUUGGACUUUACCAGAUGGUGAUAUUCGCAUUUAUUGGCAUAACAUUAAUGCUAACGGCAAUGUUUGCGUUUUCUUAUAUGUUUAUUACGAGCGAAGUUAAAUACAGAUGUUCAGUGCCAGAAUGCGAGCAUGCAGAGAACACGACGUUCGCACCGCCGUGGCUGAAUGCUUCCGCGCCAAAAAUCAACGGAGUCAUUUCUCGUUGCACGCGUUACGUGAUACGAAAUGAUCACCUAGGCACAUGUACAGAAGCAUCGUUCACCAACGUUACUCGCGACUGUGAUUCUUGGAUUUACGAUCCCGACGAGUACACGAUACUCAACGAGUGGGGUUUUACUUGCGAUGAUAAUCAAUGGAAACUCACAUUAGUGGGCACGGUGCAAAAUAUCGGUCAAAUUGUCGGCUUAACGUUUACUGGAUACAUAUCUGACAGAUAUGGGAGACGAGUCGUUUUGACGAUGGCGACGGCUCUGUCUGGAGUUAGUGGCUUGAUACAUUCCUUCUCCGUGAAUUAUUAUAUGUUUCUUGUCUUUCAAUUCCUUAAUGCCUUCAUAGCGGCUGGAAUAUACGACGCGGGAUUCAUUUUAGGGAUGGAGAUGAUGGGAGCAAAAAACAGAGUCUAUGGAAGCACUAUUAUCAGCUCUAUGUACGCCGUGGGUGAGAUUUUAUUGGGAUUGAUCGCCAGUUGGCUCAAAUCAUGGCGAAUGCUUCUUAGAGUAGUGUACGGGCCUGCACUGCUAGCUAUUUUCCUGCCUCUAGUCAUUCCAGAAUCAGUUAGGUGGCUACUGUCUAAGGAUAAACACGAAGAAGUAAAUAAAAUAUACCAUAAAAUGGCCCGAAUGAACGGUUUGCAAGUAACAGACGAGGCCAUCAAUACGUUCAAAGAACUAAGUAUAGCUAAGACCAAAACGAAAAGCGAGCUGGUGGUAUCGGAUGAGAAGAAACCGAUUGUGCAAGUUUUACAUAGCUCAGUGAUACUCAUUCGAUUGCUAGUCUGCUCGUUCUGCUGGCUUACGAACGGGUUCAUUUAUUAUGGAUUGUCGUUGAAUUCCGUAUCGUUAGCUGGGGAUAAGUACAUCAAUUUUGUGCUAACCGCGGUAGUUGAGAUACCAGCAUAUUACAUCAGCUGUAUACUGAACAAUUACAUUGGCCGUAAGCCAACGCUUUCCAGUGCAUUCUUGCUGAGUGGAGUAUUCUGCCUUGCAUCCCUGUUUAUACCAGCAGGAGUCUGGAAUUAUGAAUUUUUACUUUUAUACAUGGCUGGAAAGUUGUGUAUCGCUAUGGCGUUCUCGACUAUGUACCUCUUCACAGCAGAGCUGUUUCCGACGACGCUCAGGAAUUCCCUGCUCGGAAUUUGUGACAUGAUGAGCCGCAUUGGAGCAAGCUUAUCCCCGCAAAUACCUCUUUUGGCACGAAUAAUGCCUUCGCUGCCACUAAUCCUGUUCGGAUCCAUGGGUAUGAUUGCUGGCAUCCUGUCUCUGAUUUUUCCGGAAACUUUAGGAAUGAAACUACCAGACACCGUACGAGAGGCAGAGGAGAUCGGUAAAGUCAAACAAGACUCCUAAAAUUCCGAAUUUUACCAUGC